AUCGCGUCGGCCGUUCAACUGAUUGAUUGAUCGCGGGUCUUGCUCGGAAUACACCUUAUGUUUUAGUUCUUGGACAUUGGAUAUUCCCUUUUGUGGUUAGGUAAAGGAUUUGGAUUUGAUUGGAUACACAGUUAUUGAUUAUUUAUCAAAUCUAUCAGUAGUAUUUGAAAUAGGCCUAUAACUUCCUUUGUGCGUUUUGGUGGCUAAGAAAAGUAUUUAAAUAGUUAUAAAAUACGAUAAUGCAGUUGUGUAUAUAACUAAAGUUAAAAAAGUGACAUUUUUGAAAAUAAAAAACAGAACUUAUCGUGAAGGAGUUCUAUCAUAAAUAUGUAAACAUUGUUUAUAGGACAAUUUCAAUACAUCAAUAAAUACAUUAAUAACACAGUAUAAUAUCUAUCAAUUUAUAUGUUCUGUUAAAUUGAAAAACUAAUUUCUGGAAAAUUAAGCAUUAGGCAUAAGUACAUAGCAUCACAUAAAGUCUGUGUUGUUGUGUUUUAUCAAAAAUCGAAAAUGUUUACAGCAUAAAUGUUUAAAUUGACCUUUAUGAGCAUGGUGAAGAUACAGCAUUACAUCUACGUUGACUAUUGAAAGAGUCGUCCACUUUUAAUGAACCAUCAUUUAAGACAAUUACCAGAAAAUUUCUUCACAUCUCACAGGAUUAAAAAUGGCGAAUGUAUUGAAACAGUUAUGGAGCAUCCGUGUAUUAUUAAUUAUGUUUAUAUCUCCAUUAGUUCUAUUGCCUUUACCACUACACAUUGGUACACAGGAGGCGAAAACAGCUUAUGUUUUAAUACUAAUGGCCGUGUUUUGGAUAACGGAAGUGGUUCCUAUAUCAGUGACAGCUCUACUUCCGGUUUUUAUGUUCCCGAUGUUGGGAGUUAUCAAGGCUAAAGAAAUAGCUCCGGCCUACAUGUCCGACACUAUAAUGGUAUUUCUUGGAGGUUUAGUGAUGGCUGUUGCCAUAGAAACAUGGAAUAUUCACAGAUUAAUGGCAUUGCGAGUUUUAUUGGUCGUUGGAACCGAACCUAGAUGGUUGAUGCUGGGUUUGAUGAUAUCCACGUGGUUUCUAUCAAUGUGGAUCAGCAACUCAGCCACAACUGCUAUGAUGAUUCCUAUAGCUCAAGCUAUUCUUAUACAACUCAAGGGAACUAGUGACAAACUACAUGAUAAUGAAAAAACAUUCGAUGUUAAAGACAACGAGCAGUCUACUGAAGUAACGGAUGAUGAAGCAACUCAUUAUAAGAGAAUAUGUAAGGCUGUGUCGUUAUGCAUAGCCUAUGCUGCCAAUUCCGGUGGUAUUUGUUCCCUCACUGGUACAGGACCUAACCUGGUGUUAAAAGGUCACGCAGAAGAACUGUAUGCCAAAUAUGGAGAAGAAUCGCCGGUACAUUUUACAAUGUGGAUGGGAUUUGGACUUCCUCUUGGAUUCACUAUUUUCAUUAUUUGCUGGAUUUGGUUACAAAUUGCCUUUUUACGGUGCAGAGGAGGAUGUUGUUGCUGCUCGAAUGUUGAAGAUAAAAAAGAAAGAGGUAGGAGAGUGAAACAAGUCAUCCGGGAUCAAUAUGACGCUUUAGGUCCCAUCACAUAUGCGCAAGGUUCGGUGUUAGUACUGUUUGGUAUUUUAGUGGUUUGUUGGAUUAGCCGGGAUUUAGGAGGAGUAGGAGGAUGGGGCGAUUUAUUUAAAGACGGAUAUGUUCGAGAUUCCACUCCCGCCGUCCUACUGGCUGUUUUAUUAUUUGUUUUGCCUGCUGAAAAACCUGCAAUAUUUUGCUGGGGAACUGACGAAGAUGAAAAACCAAAACCAACCCGUGCCUUAUUAACGUGGAAAGAUGCUCAUGAAAAACUUCCCUGGUCUUUGUUUCUGCUGCUGGGAGGGGGAUUCGCCUUAGCUAAAGGCUGUCAGGAUUCUGGACUGUCGUUAUGGAUAGGAGAACAGUUAGAAGUAUUUAAAGGUUUGAACCCCUGGUUGAUGCUACUCAUUCUCUGCUAUGUUUGCAGUUUUUUCACGGAAGUUACCAGUAACGUUGCUAUAGCAACAAUAAUAAUGCCAAUAUUGUCGAGUUUGGCAAUUAAUACCGGGGUGAAUCCCUUGUUCUAUAUUCUACCAGCGGCCAUCUCCACCUCAUUCGCUUACAUGUUGCCUGUUGCUACACCACCAAACGCCCUCGUCUUUUCUUAUGGACAUUUAAAGGUCAUCGAUAUGGCGAGUGCUGGGUUUAUACUGAAUAUAAUCGCUGUACCACUUUUAGUUUUUGCUACAUAUACCUGGGGUGACGCCAUCUUUGAUUUUAGUACAGUGCCACCUGGUUUCUUAACCAACCAAACAGUUUUAAGUAAUCUCACUCAUAUUGUUUAAACGGAUUAAAGUAAUAUCGUCUUCUACAUAUUUACCAGUUAAAUAGUUAAUAAAUAAAUAACGACAUCCUGUCUUAUCCAUGAUCAUUAAUUUUGAUUGGUAGAAAAUUUACUUACCUACCAAUUAGAUUCCUUCUAAAUAAACGUUUGAACAACCAGACCAAACCAGACGCAAUAUUGAAAUACCAAAUAAACUUUCCGACAAGUAAGUCUCAAAGCUCAUGGUUGAAUUAUUGUCAUAAAGUGCCAAGAGCCAAACAGCUAUGAUAGUUUCUUCACAUUUGAAAGUUUUGAAACAGGAUUUUCUUCGUUGAUGGUGAUCCCGUCCUCAUUAGCCCACAUGGUGCCGAAAAGAAGGACGUAAAACUUCAUUCAUUCCAUUUCAUUUCCGACAACAGUUAUUUCUGAUGAAAUUAGGAUGAAGGCAGACAUCAGCAACCUAAUCGCUGAUCGCCAUGCAAAUUGCGAGGAAGGGAGAUUUGAUUCUCCCAAAAGUACAGACCAAGCAUGGAACAAACACUUCACUGUCGAGGCUGAAAUUAAAAAAUCUAGAGACAUCAUAGUCUCAAGCCUGUCUUGGAUUAAGAUGAAUUUAAAUUCGUGUUGUGAAUCACCAUAAUUUUUGUUUUGUUAGUAUCAUGUGACUUUGUUAUUCUUGAACUUUUUAAAUGACGUGACAUAAAUGUUGUAGGGGAUUAUAAUGAUAAAACUGAACUAC